UCUCUCCUACCCCUCUCCUUCCUAACACGCUUGGCAUAUGCUCUCAAAUAUUCCCUCCCCUCCCCUCCCCUCUAAAACCAUACUAUACAUCCCCUUCUCUUUUUCUUGCUUUAUAUGAUCCAUGGUACAAGACCCACAAAUGCUAUAGAGUGUUCAUGAGAAGAGAAAGGAGAUAGAAAGGGAGGAGAAUAAAUAACAAAUGAAGUUUGGCAAGUGGCUAAAGAGGCAAAUAGAGGAGAGCCCUCCUCAAUGGAGGGACAAGUUCAUAUCCUACAAGGAUCUCAAGAAGUUGGUCCGGCUCAUCUCCGCGAACCAGCCGGAGGCCGAGGAGGAGUUCGUGUCGCUCCUCGACGCCGAGAUCGACAAGUUCAACACCUUCUUCAUCGAGCAAGAGGAGGACUUCAUCAUCCGACAGCCGGAGCUCCACGAGAGGAUCAAGAAGGCGGCAGUGACCUUCGGGGCGGAGGUGGGCCGCCCGUCGGAGGCGGAGUAUGCGGCGGAGAUGGGAUGCAUAAGGAAAGACAUUGUCAACUUCCAUGGAGAAAUGGUGCUACUGGUGAACUACAGCAGCAUCAACUACACAGGGCUAGCUAAGAUCUUGAAGAAGUACGACAAGCGAACGGGACGACUACUGAGACUUCCUUUCAUAGAGAAGGUCUUGAAGCAGCCAUUCUUCAUGACCGAGCUCAUCUCGGAGCUUGUAAAAGAUUGCGAGAGCAUCGUGGAAGACGUUUUCCCUGCCAUAGAAGAGCAAGAGAACGCGGAGAGAGGGGGACGCGACGGGCUAGCAAUGGCGGAGCAGAGCAUACUAAGAAACACAGUCGCCGCACUCAUAACCAUGCAGGAAAUGAGAAAAGGAAGCUCCACUCAUGGUGAAUUCUCCCUGCCCCCUUUGAUCUUACCUGAUUCGGAAAUUUUGCAGUGGUUGCAGGUUCAAUCUUCGUUUCCUAUCCAAUGAUAAGACAAUGUUAGCAAAGAGAGAGAAAGAGCGGUUAGGAUGUGGAAGGGACGGAUGUAUCGAA